UGGCGGCGGAUGGGCGGGCGGCGCAGCAACUUCUGGAUCUUCUCCUCAAAUUCUCCAUUGACAAGCUCGAUUCAGCAUGGAUAAGGAAUGUGAUAGACGCGGAUUUCACAGAGGUGGAGGAUUUGCCGCCGGAGUUCGAGGAUCUCCACUGCAGCACCAAUUUCAGUGGGUUGUUCGGCGCGGUGAUCGGGUCCUGUAGGCAGUGGAUUGACACAAUGCCAGCCCUCAACGACGACAGCGACAGGAGAGCUUCGUCGUCCAACCUUAAUAGGUCUACGGAGGAGGAGAGAGGUGAGGUCGAAGCACACACCAGAUUUUGGAUCGAUUUGUCCGAAAAUGUGAAUUUGAAGGGGCUGAUGUCACUUCUCUUUUUUUACAUCUUCCGGGGUCAAAGGUACGAUGCCAAGGAGGAGGACCGCGAGCUGGGCAUUCAGGCGGCCAGCCUGUAUUUCCUCCUCCUCUCUGUGCCUGGAAGUAAUGCCUUCCGUGUGUUCCACCCUGUCAUGUACCUCAAGGCUCUAGACAUCCUGCGUCUGACGACCAAAUUGCGUGUGGGAGCCGUGAGCCCAAAAAAGGGGCGUCAAGGUGGUGUUAGAGGUGGUCAGAGGAAGUCGCAUGAGGAACUCAUGGCAGAGAUGGAGGAUGAUGACGAUGCUGAAAUAACAAUGCUUUCUCCUAGUGAGGCAAACAAACUCAUUCGAUCUCUGAAUAUUCUUCUUAAUGAUUUCUUGAGGCUCUCCCAAAGGUUCUCAUUGAAACAUUCACCGGAAUCAAUGGAUGAAACCAUUAGUAUUCUUGUUGAUGUAUCUCGGUCGGAGACCCAUAAUGCACAAGGGAUCUUUGUUGGCAGACAUGGCCCAGCAACUGUCACGGCAUUAGCUUACAAUGCCUAUGUGGCACUGCAGUCCAUAUGCAACCCCAUCCAUGGUAAGGUAAACAAAAUUGUUAUUAUGAUAAUGAAACACAUAAUGUACAAUAUUCUUAUGAUCAGUCGAGGGUCCUCAGACCUGUCAGCUCGAUCUUUAGGGGUUAUUCGAGAUCAUUCCCUCAUUUUUGUCAAGUACAUAUUGACGCAGGUGAAAGAGGAAGCACAUGAAGGUGUAUAUAUCCUUAUCCAGCACUUGUGCAUUCAGGUACCAGACAAGGCAGAAUUUAGGCAAAAAACUGCUCAGUCUGUGGUGGAAAUCUUGCGCUACCUUCCCAUCCAGUUGUACACAAAGCUCAUGAAAUGGUUCUUCAAGUUCUCCCAUAAUGAAAAGGCAGGUCACAGGCUUUUCUUGCUUGAGGUUAUCUCAAAGAUGCUAGGUGAGGAGGAACGCCAAGCUGAGGGUUCAGAUAAUUCCCAACUGCAGAACAAUACUCAAGAAGUACAACCUCCGCUCAGAACAAUAAGAGAGGGUCAAGAGGAAGAGGAAGAGACUGAAGAUGACAACAGCAGUAGCAGUUUUGAGAAUGUCAGAGUAGAUCAUUCAGUAAAUGUUCCCCCGGAUCGAAAUAUUCUCUCCCAUAAGUUCUUAUUGAGCAUUAUAUUCUCAAGGUGCCGUGAUAGUGGAGCCACAGUCCGUUCAAAGGCAUUGGCUUUAUUGGCAGAAUGCACAUUUUCUACCAACCCAACCAUUAUGCUUGCCAUGAAGCAAAUAUUUUUCCGCUCUCGGCCGACAGUCUUUACAACUCCACACAUUGACAACAACAACAUCAAUAUGGAAUCUCCACUUGAGCUAGAAGAUGAGGAUCUUGAUUUACCAAAUGCUUCUUUGGUUGUUUCCAUGCUGCAUCGUCGGGCACUGGAUGACAAGGUUACUGUACGGAAGUCAGCUCUGCAGGUUUUAGAAAACUUGAUGAGAAUUGACAAUGAGAUGCUUACGGAUAAAAAUCUUGAGGUCCUAGUAGAGCACUGUAGGGACCCAGCACUGAUCAUCCGUAAGCAGAUGGUCACCUCAUUGACGACACUUGUAUUGUGUUACCCAGAACACAGUGGUGUGAUGUCAAGGUGGAUAAAAGGGGUCUUACCGCUUAUUCUUGAUCCAGAGAUGAAAGUUCAAGAGAGAGUAGUAGAGGUUCUUGAUCAACUGUUAUUCAAGCCCAUGUUACCCCAUGACCAUCCCAAGGGUAAUCUGCCUGAAAGCAAGCUACCUUGGCAUGUGCUGAGUGGCAUCACAAAACAUUCCUUCCACAAGUUUUUCAAUAAAGCAAUCAUGAUGUGUCUUGUCCUAGUAGAGCACUGUAGGGACCCAGCACUGAUCAUCCGUAAGCAGAUGGUCACCUCAUUGACGACACUUGUAUUGUGUUACCCAGAACACAGUGGUGUGAUGUCAAGGUGGAUAAAAGGGGUCUUACCGCUUAUUCUUGAUCCAGAGAUGAAAGUUCAAGAGAGAGUAGUAGAGGUUCUUGAUCAACUGUUAUUCAAGCCCAUGUUACCCCAUGACCAUCCCAAGGGUAAUCUACCUGAAAGCAAGCUACCUUGGCAUGUGCUGAGUGGCAUCACAAAACAUUCCUUCCACAAGUUUUUCAAUAAAGCAAUCAUGAUGUGGUCCAAAACAGAAUAUGUAAGACCUCAGAUUGCCACCAUUGCUCGCUCUCACAUCGGGAAUAAAUACAACGAAGAAGUCUGGACACUGUUGGCUUUGCUUUCGAACCAUAUUACUGUGAAAAAUAUUGCCUUUGCUGUGGACUAUUUUGAAGAGCAUUGCCAAGGAGAAUCACAGGUGGGUGCUUAUACCCUACAACAAGUAUUGAAAGUACUGAGCAACAGCAUCAAACAUGUACCAAACGACCGUGCUGAGGCCUUACAGAAGCAGCUUUUGGAGCCUGUCAACAAUUUCUCGGUUGGGGUUGAGCUCAUAUCUUCCAUGAUGGAUACAGUUACUCUGCUUAGCUAUAAACUCCAUGGUGAUGAGGCAGAGGGACAAAAAGCUAUAGAGAAGUGGGUGGCUCCACUUCUUAAGAUGUGUGAUGACCACUUGAAACACAUCCUGUUUGAAAAGACAGACCCCAUAGACAAAGAGGGAGAGGAGCUGCUUUUCAGACACUUGUUUACCCUGGGAGAGGCUUCAAUGCUUUGUCCUCAUAAGGUCAACAAAAGGAUGUUCUUGAUGCUGCAGAGUAUCAUAUUUCACCAAUCAGGAAUACAGAGAACUGGGUCAGCAAUCAUCCCCUCAUCCCAGACACAGAGUUCUCAGCCUACAGCCAUCACUUUUGUACCUACUACUAGAGUGCAGGCUCUGGCUGUGGUGACCCUGGGCAAAAUGUGCUUGCAACAUGAAGAUCAAGCCAAACGCAUCAUCCCAGCUCUUGGGAAGAUGCUAGAUUCCAGUGCAUGCUCAUCUCUCAAGAUCAAUAUUGUCUUCACACUAUCGGAUAUGUGUGUCAGGUAUGCAACACUAGUAGAUCCCUUGAUGCCACAAGUCACUGCUUGUCUCCGAGACCCAGAUUUACAAGUUAGGAGGACAACUCUGACCCUAUUGAUCAACCUACUACAAGAGGAUUAUCUAAAGCUCAAAGGUUCCUUCUUUUAUAGGAUCUUACAGUGCCUUACAGAUGACCAAGAGGAGAUACGGAGCACAGUCAUUUUCUACGUUACAGAGAGGUUGCUGAAACGAUUUCCAAAGAUCCUUUGUCAGCACUUUAUUGAAUGUAUUUUCCAUUACAACUGUUAUGAGGAGCAUGAGAGUUACAACAAGUUUACCCAGAGUACUUCAGAGAAGGAGCUCUUCUCUCUUGCAGAGGAGCACCACAGAGAGGACCGCCACCUGAUCUAUCGGUUUAUGCUGGAUCACAUGCCUGAUGACCAGAGAUUCACAAUUACCCAAAGACUUUGUCAAGAUGUGCUAGGCGGCAUUGUGGAUGGGCGGAUCAAGCUGACUCCUUCAAGCCUCCCGAUGCUGCAGGACACGCUGACAGUACUAAGCAGUGAUGAGAUCAAGCUGGCAUCCCUUAAGUCCAGGCCUGAGGAUGCUGACCAGCCAACUGACCAAGCUGAACAGGCAGCUAUGGCAGGAAUGGCUAUCAAGAAGACCAUAAUUUCACAGGUUGUAAAGCGCAACGUCAUUGAGAACAUCGUCCCAAUACUGAUUGCAGUAAAGCACAAGCUAGAGGAGAACCGGUCACCUUUGAUGAAGCAUCUUUUACUCUACUUAAAGGAGCUCAUGAAAGAUUAUAAAAAUGAGGUAAAGGAGAUUCUGGCUGGGGAUAAGCAGCUAGCUAAGGAAAUAGAAUUUGACCUCAGACGUUUUGAUCAAGAACAAAGAGAAGAAGCUGAGGAGCAGAGGAAUCCACCUGUUGAAAACAAUAGAAUUGAGGCUGAGAAAGAGCCUAGACAAAUUGAGGGAACUAAUGUGACUGAAACCUCAGAUGGCUCACAUGCCCUGCCAAAGCGGCAAGAAGUACCACAACAGCCAGCAAGUCCAAAACCUUCAUUGAUGACACCUUUGAACAUUGCAGGCAAAACUCCUUUGGCAGCAAAGAAUGACCUUCUCAGGCUAGCCCUUCUGAAUAACAAAACAUUAGCAGCAAGACGUAAAAGUAUUGCUGCUGCACCAGAAACAGAGCCAGAAGUCAAUAGUGUGUCAAGCAUUAUAAAAGGCCGUAGAGCAAGUGUUGCAGAUUUCAGAGAGAAGAGUGAUGAGGAAAUUGUUUUCAACACCAGUAAUGCAAACAAUACUCAUGUUGACCCUCGCCCCAUUGAAAGUGUACCUGCUGAAGACAAUGAUGAAACUCUAAAGGUUACCCCAAAGAAAAGUAAAGAUUCACAGAAAUCUAGGGAGGAGUUAUUACGUGCUAUUAGUACACCUCAAGCCCACCAGAGUGUCAUCAGUAAUAUUACUUUCAUGAAUGAGACUCAAGAUGUUAGUGCUAUCAGCAUUGAUUCAACCAUAAACUCACAUUCUGAAGGAAGCAAUAAUGCUGACAAGCCAAAGCUGUUACUGCACCUUAAAAGUCCAGAGGCUUAUGCCAAAGAAUCUGACUUCAGCCAGUUACGCAAAGGUCCAAGACGAGAGGUCAAUACAAAAAAGGAGCUUACAAAAAAGGAGCUUACCAAAGGAAGUGAAAAGUCUGUAAGAUGUGCCUUGUUUGAGUCUGCUACCAAUGUGUCAGAGAGUGAGGAUGAUGAUUCGAUUGUACCAAACCGAAAGCAUGCUUCCUUUGUCAAGACAAGCAAGCCAGAGGCGAGAGGAAAAGUUAAGAGGACAAGGGACAUGGCAUCUCUUAGUCCAGAUCCAAAGAAGAGUGAGAAUGACAAGAAAGAACCUGACGUCACAUACAAGAAACCCAGUCAAAAACGCAGUAGGGUUAAAACCAAAUAAACUCAUUUUGGUUACUAGAUUAGAAAGCAUGUACUGUGUGUUUCACAAUAACUGUUUUCAUUUGUAUUUAUCAAUUUUUCCCCAUCUUUUUGUUUUUGCUUUGAAAGUCAUUAGUAAUUUUUAUAAUUGUUGAUAUUCAAAGAAAUUAUUUUGAUUCCAUUUUAGCAAGUGAAAUGUGAAUUGAAUAUCUAUUAAAAUGGUUUGUUUUCCCUAAAGCUGUAUUUGAUAUACAGCAGUACUGAGAAGUAGCAUAUUAUGCAAGUAAAAGAGUAUAGUGACUUAUCUGAGUAGGAUUUUCUUUUAGAUUCUAUUCAUCAUCUAUAUUUCUUGUUUUUUUUUUUCUUUUCCCACAUAUUUUGAGAAAUGAUUUUAGAUUGAUAAGGAAAAGCUGUACAAAGUUUAAAGAUGCAACCACAUAGAUACACAUAGUAUAAAUAACCAAUAAUACAAAUAUAUUUCUGCUUAAUAUUUUGAGCAUACUAUAGAGGUCUGUGAUACCAAGUAUGAUAUUUUUCUUAUGUAACAGUUAACAUGUAUAUAACUAAAGUAUUUUUUGUAAUUUUGUAUAUUGAAUGUACCAGUCUGCUAACUGUAAAGUGUACAUGAGAUAAAAGAUUUUAAAUCUUUUGUGCAGCUCAGCCAGAAUGUUUUUUGGUCCCCAUGGCUCCACCCUGUAUUGUUCCAGGGGCAGUGUAAAAUUAAUUUUGAAUGUCUCUCUAUGAGCACACAUUGUGCAUGAAUAUGGCAGAUAAGAAUAUAUUUAAAGUGUGUACACUUUAAACUAAAAAGGUCAUGGAUGAGAUUUUACAUACAAAGUUAGAAGUCUGGUGAAUGUAUAUUUAUUUACUGAUGCUAAUAAAAGCAUUUCUAAAA